UGCGGGUUUGUUUGGCCACCGGUGCACAGUUGCGCUUCUGCUCUCAAUUGUAAACUACUCCUGGAACAACUAAACAGCCCACCCUUGGAUUUGAAAGGAAUUAUAUAGACUUCGAGUGAUUGGCUUUGGUUUAGUUUUUUUGUUCCAUCUUGUAGAGACUGAGAAAUGACUGCCAACAUGUCUCUGGAUCAUGACGAUGUGAAUAAACUGACCGAAAGUACAUACAAGAAUGUGAUGGAGCAGUUCAACCCAGGUCUGAGGAACCUGGUCAAUCUGGGGAAGAACUAUGAGAAAUCUGUAGCCGCGAUGACUCUUGCUGGGAAGGCGUACUUUGACGCUGUGUCAAAGAUAGGAGAGACUGCUUCCGUGUCCCCGGUCUCCAGAGAAUUAGGUGUGGUUCUGAUGGAGAUCUCUGAGGUGCACAGGAAGGUUCACCUGGAGCUGGAGGAGAACUUCAAGCGGUUCCACAAAGAAAUCAUUGCUGAGCUGGAGAGGAAAACAGAGAUGGAUGUCAAAUAUAUGACUGCCACAUUCAAGCGGUACCAGACGGAGCACAAGCUGAAGCAGGACUCUCUGGAGCGCUCUCAGACGGACCUGAAGAAGCUGCGGAGGAAGAGCCAGGGGAAACAAGUCACCAAGUACGAGAUCAAGGAGAACGAGUAUAUGAAGACGAUCUCGUCGCGGCAGAGUGACAUGCAAAAGUUCAUCGCUGACGGCUGCAGAGAGGCCCUCCUGGAGGAGAAGAGACGAUUCUGCUUUCUGGUCGACAAACACUGCAUGUUCUCCUACCAUGUCACCGCCUUCCAUGAGAAGGCCAAAGAGCUGCUGGCGGUAAAGCUGCCCAGCUGGCAGGAUAAAUGCAGCGAUGCCACCAAGGUCCCUGACACGGUGAUGACCAUGAUAAAGGGGCUCCGCACUCCCGUGUCUGGAACCCCAGAAGCCUCGCCUCGCGUUGAGCGCUACAACAGGAACAAUGGGGACUCGAUGGUUCCCCCACCAGCCCCCCAGCUGAAGGCCCAGAUCAGUCCACUGGUUAACAUGUUCAACCAGGACGUUCCCCACGCCUCCAUCACAUCCACAUACACCUCCACAUCAGACCACAACUCAGACCAGGGCAGUAUGGAGGACGGUGGCAGUCUGUCUCUGUCCAGGUCGGUGUCGAUAGGUUCAGGGCUGAACGUGGGCAGGAAGCAACGGGUCAGGACCAUCUUCCCUCACACGGCCGGCAACAAUAACACACUCCUGUCCUUUGACGACGGUGACAUCAUCAUGCUGCUAAUCCAGGAGGACAAGGACGGAUGGCUGUAUGGAGAGCUGGAGAAUACCCGGCAGCGGGGGUGGUUUCCCUCAUCAUACUGCCGACCUUACAAUGAACCACUGAUCUCAAACAGUUUGGGGACACCGGUGCGUUGUCUGAGUGUGGCCAGUCUUCCGGAACAGGAAGAGGAAGAGCCUGUUCUGCUGCCGCCACCAGACUACAGCGACGGGAAGGAGAGUAGCCCUGUCAGAAUGGUCAGCUCCUCCACACCCUCACCCAAAAACAUGAUCUCUCUACCCAAUGGGGUUGGAAAGGCUCCCUUUCUGGGAGGUGGGAAUCCCUUUGCCACUGUCAAACUGAGACCUACAGUGACCAAUGACAGAUCAGCACCAAUCGUCUGAUAACCAGGGAUCAUCCAGACAGAGGAUUUAUGAAGCUUGGAAUCUCUGCACCACCAACACUUCAGAAUCACAGUCCGACAAGAUAAUAAUAAUAAUCUGUCUGUAGUAGUUGUGGGAAUUUGUUGGGAAAAGAAGAGCUCAGUUAUUUUCCAUGUUUAUUUUUUCAUUAUUACGUGCCCAUUUUUAAAUGGAGAGACUAUUUAUGUAAACAUAUGAAACAAAUUGAGUUUAAACAGUGAGAGUUUAUGGAAUAAUGAAUAUACCGACUAGGCACAGACAUCCAUCUGUUCAGCAUCUAUUUUUGAUUUACAGUUGGUUGAGUUGUCAACUAAUGUGAAUUCAAUGUGAAAUCAACAACAAAUUGCACCAUGUCAUUGGAUUUAGGUUCAAAGUUGGUUGAAAAAAAGACAAAAUUCCCUUAUAUUGAAGACUUUACGCAAAAUCCAAUCUGUUUUCCAUGUUGAUUCAACUUCAUCACAAAUAUGUUUUGUUGUCGAAAUGACGUGGAAACAAAGUUGAUUCAAUCCAUUUAUGCCUAGCAGGUAGUGUCCAUUUUUUAAAUUAAAAUAAGGGAUUUUUGAUUUGACAGACUACUAAAUGAAUGUAUUCUGAAUGGGGAAUGCAUUGACAUAUACCAUGCUAUUUCUUCAUACUUUUAAAUUGUAUUUUUUCAAACUUGUUCGAACGUUCAUGAUGUUUGUACAAUAUUUGUAGGGCGGAAAUUUCUUUUUGGCUUUUCAUGGUAAGCUGAAGGUUGUGUGCAUACAAAUACACAAUUGUUGUAAAUCACAAUCACAUUGUUUUUGGUAGAAAUACAGUAUGAGCCAUGCAGUAUAUCAAAAGAGUAAACCGUUUUUUUAAAUCUUCCUUCUGUGUAGAGUAAUUCAUGAUAUACACCACACUGCUGUCCAUACUAAUUGAUGAUUACCAUCCCAAAUAAGUAUUUGAAAUGAACACGGGACAUGGUUCCUCCUCUUCUAUCUCUGUUCAGAUACUGAUGUGUAUUGUUUUCAUUCUCUAAAGGUGAGAAGGAAAAAUAUGUAACAUGAUGUUCUGUCCUUGUCCUCAAGUUUUGUAAAUAUAUCAUGGGCAAAAUGGUUGUCUGAAAAUAUAUAUAUAUUUCUUGGCACCAUGUAGACUAAUGUAAUGUUAUCUCACAGUGAAACAAGAUAAACCUUACAUGGUCCUUAUUCAUGUAUUGGCUUUGCAAUGUACUGCCAUAGCCUACUGUGUAUCUGUAUGAAGACUUGCAUUAUAAUUGAAUAUGUUGUUCAUCCCUUAAUACAUGAGAUGAAAUGGAGAAUAACAAGCUUUGGUUGUCUUUUAU